GAAGUACGAAGGUACGAAGGAGGAAGGAAGCAAGCCCGUCAGUCAAGCCAGUCAGCGCGAGCAACAAAAAUAAAAUAUCACGAGACGACAGAGGUAGCCAACACACAAAGAACGAGCUCAGCAGCAGCAAAUGACCAGCGCGUAUAUAUAUACCUGGGCCGGAGAAAGCGGCACGUCAGUGGUACACAGCAGCAUGCCCAUACAUACCUCGUGUAUCAGCGCGCGGACCGCCGGCCCCGGCCAGCCAGGCUGGGGUGUCGAUGCGGGGCCGCGCGGCGUAGGCGCGGGCACCGCUACCGCGACCUGCUCGCUUGGGCAGCGAUCGCCCGCCAGUCGUAAAUGCCAUGCCAGCCGGGAAUGAGGCCAUGAAACACAUGCGGUUUAGGCGGAAUGGCCCCGGAGAUGGAGGGACUGGAGGGUGUUUCACCGUUGGGCGUGUUGGGUGGCGUGG